AUGUUUCGUUCCUACCAGCGCUAUCCCCAUCGGUCAGCGAGCAACAUACGUGGUGUGCACCACAGACGUCAUAAUGUUAUGCCACAUCCGAGGGCUCGAUUAUCUCAUCGACAAAUGAUGAUUCGUCGUCCAAGGUAUUAUUCAAUACCACCGUCUCGUCCUGUACAAUCCCUUGGCUUCUUUGAAAGUAUACUUGCAUUCCUUGCUGCACUAUUCUGUCUAAACAGAAGUAGACCCGGAAUGCGACCUUCGAUGGGUGGUGGUAACACUAGUGGUGGUGGUAUUACUAGUGGUGGCGGAGGCGGUGGUAUUACCAGUGGUGGUGGCGGAGGUGGUGGUAUUACCAGUGGUGGUGGCGGUGGUGGAGUGACAAACAGUGGAGGAGGAGGCGGAGGUGGAACAAGUGGUGGCGGCAAUGGCGGAGGGGCCAGCUGUGGUGGCGGCGGAGGAGCAAGCUGUGGCGGUGGAGGAGGUGCAAGCUGUGGUGGAGGCGGUGCAAGCUGUGGCGGAGGCGGAGGAGGUGCAAGCUGUGGCGGUGGCGGAGGUGGUGCAAGCUGUGGCGGAGGCGGAGGCGGUGCGAGCUGUGGUGGUGGCGGUGGCGGAGGAGGUGGUGAUUAA